AUGGAUAGACAUCCAGUCACGGUGGUCAUGUUGCCCGUCCCCGCCCAGAGCCACCUCAACCAGCUCCUCCGCCUCGCCGGCCUCAUCUCCUCCACCACCACCCUCCCCGUCCACUUCCUCGGCUCCGCCACCCACAACCGCCAGGUCAAACUCCGUCACUACUCUAACCCUAAUCCUAGCCCUUACGGCCCUAACCCAAUCCAUUUCCACGACUUCCCCACUCCCCCAAUCCCCACACCCGACCCGGACCCGAGCCGGCACAAAACCCCCCACCACCUUGCUCCGGCUAUGGAGGCCUACACGGCCCUCCGCCGCCCGAUCGCCGCCCUUAUACAAAACAUGUUGACUGAAACAAAAAAAAUCGUCCUCAUUUACGACCGCCUCAUUGCCGAGGCCGUCGAGGACUCGGUCUCGAAUCCCAACGUCGAGUCGUACGCUUUCAAUUGCCUCUCGGCGUUUAACCUCUUUCAUAUCCUUCGGGAGUACUCCUCGACGACCAAACCCUUCCCGCCAAAAGUCGAGGAAAACAUCUCGUUUUCGGUUCGCGAUCUCUACCCGCCGGAGAUCAUAAACUUCAUCGUCUCGAGGCCUGAGCAUUUCAAGAAACGAGCCGGGGACAUACACAAUACGUCCCGUCUCGUCGAGGGCGAAUACGUCGACCUCCUCGCUGGGGAGGAAAUCGGCGGGAAAAGUCAACAAUGGGCCAUAUGCCCGACACUCGGCUCAGAAAUAAAGGUUGCCGAUUAUGACGAAACGGGAGCACGACGACGACGACACGCGUGCCUCGACUGGCUCGACGGGCAGGCGCACGGGUCCGUUCUGUUUGUCUCGUUCGGGACGACCGUUUCCCUGUCGGGAGAGGAGGCUCGGGAGAUCGCCCUUGGGCUCGAGUCGAGCGGGUUUAGGUUCGUGUGGGCGUUGAGGGAUGCGGAUAGGGCCGACAUUUUCUCGGGAGAGAGUAAGAAGAUUAUCGAGUUGCCCGAUGGGUUCGAGGAGAGGGUGAAGGGGACCGGAAUCGGGCUCGUGGUGAGGGAUUGGGCCCCACAGGUGGAGAUACUUGCCCACGAGGCCACUGGAGGGUUUCUCACGCACUGCGGGUGGAAUUCGUGUUUCGAGAGCCUAAUGACGGGCGUGCCUGUGCUGGCGUGGCCCAUGCAUUCGGACCAGCCGGUCAACGCGAUUUUCAUGACCAAGGUUCUGAAAACGGGACUGAUCGUCAGGACUUAG